AUGCCCGUCAAGAACCGCUUCACGCGGCUGGACGCCUUUACCAAGACAGUCGAAGACGCACGAGUGCGCACCACAUCCGGAGGGGUUGUAACGAUAACGUCACUGCUGGUGAUAUUCUGGCUAGUAUGGGGCGAGUGGGCAGACUAUCGGCGGAUAACGGUGAAGCCUGAGCUGGUGGUCGACAAAGGUCGCGGCGAGAAGAUGGAGAUAUUCAUGAACAUCACAUUUCCCAAGAUGCCGUGCGAGCUGCUCACGCUGGAUGUGAUGGACGUGAGUGGGGAGAUUCAGGCAGGUGUCAUGCAUGGGAUCAGUAAGGUCAGACUGAGCGAGGCGAGCCAGGGAAGCCGGGUCAUUACAUCUACUAGUUUGGAUCUACACGCAGACGAAGCAACACAUCUUGACCCCUCGUACUGCGGCGAAUGUUACGGGGCCCCACCCCCUGAGAAUGCCCGGAAAUCCGGGUGCUGCAACACCUGCGAAGAAGUACGCGACGCUUACGCCAGCAACUCGUGGUCCUUUGGCCGCGGCGAGGGCGUCGAGCAAUGCCAGCGCGAGCACUAUGCGGAGAAACUGGACGAGCAGCGCCGCGAAGGCUGCCGCAUCGAAGGCGGCAUCCGCGUCAACAAAGUCGUGGGCAACUUCCACUUGGCGCCGGGCAAGAGCUUCAGUAACGGCAACAUGCAUGUCCACGACCUCGACAACUACCUCAAGGACGAGGCGGACCACAGCUUCACGCACACGGUUCAUAGUCUGCGCUUCGGCCCACCGCUGCCAGACGAUGCGAUUGAGCGCAUCAGACACGGACAGACGGGAUUGUGGACCAACCACCACCUGAACCCGCUCGACGGCACGACGCAGAGCACGUCGGAUAAGGCGUUCAACUACAUGUACUUUGUCAAGGUCGUCAGCACGGCGUAUCUACCGCUCGGCUGGGAAAAGAUAAAGACACCCGAGGGCCUGUCGAACACGGAAGAGACUGGCGGGAUCCCCCACGAGAUGGUCGCGUUGGGCCGCAUGGGCCACGGAUACAAGGGCAGCAUCGAGACGCACCAGUACUCGGUGACAAGCCACAAGCGCAACCUGCGAGGCGGCAGCGACGAGUCUGAGGGGCACAAGGAGCGCAUCCACGCCCGCGGCGGCAUCCCAGGCGUCUUCUUCUCCUACGACAUCUCCCCAAUGAAAGUCAUCAACCGCGAAGUGCGAUCUCGCUCGUUCUCGGGCUUCCUGGUCGGCAUGUGUGCAGUCGUCGGUGGGACGCUCACCGUCGCGGCGGCCGUCGACCGCGCGCUGUACGAGGGCGUGAACAAGGUCAAGAAGUUCCACACGGGUUAG